CGCUUGUUGAUGACGACAUAUGUGUCAACUUUUUGUGUUUUCUUCUAUAGCUAGCAUGCUUCCACUGUAAAGACUCUAAGCUUUAAUUAUGGCUUUGAAUCAAUUGAGCUUGCUGCGACCACUUCUGUGUCAGUCCCUGGUACGAUGUGUCAGGUCUCCCCUUGUGGUCACCUCUAGGGUCCCUGUUAGACCACCACUACACCUUGGCACCACCCACAAGCCUGCUGCUGCAUGCACCAGGUUCUAUGCCACCAAGAAGGCAAAAGCCAAGGCAAAAGGCCAGUCAGCUAAGGUGAAUAUAAAUUCAGCUCUUGUGGAAGACAUAAUCAGCCUGGAUGAAGUAAAGGAAGACAUGACUGCUGUUCUCAACGUGCUCAAAGAUGACUUCACGCGCAGCCUCAGCAUCCGAACCUCGCCAGGGGCUCUGGAUCACAUUGUGGUGACGACUCAAGAUGGGAAGUUCCCGCUCAACCAGCUGGGUCAGAUCUCCAUGAAGUCACCUCAACUCAUUUUGGUCAACAUGAGCAGCUUCCCUGAAGCUACUGCAGCGGCCACCCGUGCCCUGAGAGAGAGCAGCAUGAACCUGAACCCAGAGGUGGAAGGCACCAUCAUUAAGGUGCCUGUUCCCAAAGUGACACGGGAACACAGAGAGAACCUUGCCAAGCUAGCCAAACAGUUGGGCAACAAAGCUAAAGACUCGCUGAGGAAAGUGCGCUCUAAUGCAGUCACACAUGUGAAAAAGGCCAAGGAGGGACACUCUGAGGACACAAUACGUCUCGUAGAAAAACAGAUUCAGCAGAUGGCCGACAGUAUAACCGCAGACAUAGACAAACAGCUUGCAGCAAAGACCAAGGAGUUGUUAGGCUGACGGCGAUGAUUAGAAGAAGCACAUGGGUCUUCAGUAUGAAUUUUCAGCACUGGUUUAAGGACAUACACAACAGCAGCACGGUGAAAAUAGAUAGUGACUGGAUCAUGGCAGAGUGGUAGUUUCUGAAUCACACACAUCUUUGUCUUGUAGCAGAUUUUUUGAGUCCCUCGGGCAGAAGCUGGGCCUUUGUUCCUGACCACAUCGUUGGUACUCGUCACUGCUGCGUGAUAUCUGCGUCUAACUGCAUAAGUGCAUAAACAGAAAUUGGCACGGAAACAACAGCGACAGACUGCCUGUCACCUCCCUCCUUGUUACUCUUCCCGUCUUCAAACAAACACUGAGCAAGGGGACGAAUGGACUUUUAAUGGGAUUUGUGGGCCUCCUCCUAAUCAGACCCCUUGCCACAGGGGCUGUCUGUUUAUACAAAGCAAGCGCACCCGUCUGAAUGUAAACUGGCUGUGGGUUUUUCUUGGUGGCAAACACGAGAAAGAGUUUGUUCCAGAGAUGUAAGAGUUGACUGAACAGAUAUCAUUAGCAUGUUGCCAAACAUUUGUUUCCCAUUGAUUCCAAGUCUGUUAAAAAACAAAAAAAAAAAAACAGCCCUUUAAUUUCUGUCCAUGUCAAGGAUUGAUAACAUGGCUACUCUAUUUUAAACACAAUAAAGUCAGGAAAGCAACGUUAUUGAUGGACCCCAUUAAAGAAACACUGCUUUGAAGCAUGUGCGUCAUCUUGUUCUCUCUUGUUUUCUUUUAAUUUUCUCCACUUUUGGUUUGUAGUCGCCCCUCCUCCAUUAGUCAGAGUGAUAAUGGACUUUUCCUGUGCACAGACCUCUGGGCCCUGACUGUUGGCACCACAAUUGUCCAUUAGGAAAAGUGGCUUUUAAUGGUGUGCACUUGGCCUCCUUUGUCUCUAAAUAGCUGCAUUUUAAAGCUGCCGCCAGGAAUCGCAGUAUGAGUAGCUGUUGAAACUUAGUCAAUAACAAUGUUAGAACAGGAUUCCUGCAGUACUCUGCAGCACACACAGCUCUGCUGUAAUCUAUCUGAUGUUUACACCAGCUAGAGGCUUUCCGCACCAUUACGUGGUUGGUGUCUUCAUCUUUAUGGUGAUUUGUUUUGCUGCUUCCGCUACUGGUCACAGACAGCCCACAAGUCAGACAAGCUUUAUUUUAAGUUUGCCCGCACACUUGGUUUUUACAGCCACAUGAUCAUUUUAAUUCUAGCUCUCCACAACGCUGGCCUCUGGUACCGUUAGCUUGUAGCAGCAUCAUGCUGAGCACAGAAUAGAUUUAGAGCAUUUCCAAUGACUCUGUCUCCCUCUAUGGCUUUGCUUUAAUGCUCUAAACAGACCGGAGUCAUUGGAUAAACAAAAGUUUAGCAGAGGAGUGGCUGGGCUGGGACAGAGGAGGGUGGGGUGGAAAUGGCAGGUUUUUGUGGUGACUCUAGGUCCAUAUGUCAGCAAUUUGAGGGCAUUGUGUACCUUGGCCUAAAACAGAGGCUUCAUGAUCGAUGGAGGGGUGAAAAUCUCCCAAGUUCCUGGCGCAGAACACAGGCAAGCACAAGGAAAUUGCUUUCAGCUGAUAGUUUCAUUUGGGUUGACAUUUAUCAAGUGAAUUACCCCUGUUCCUUUCAAAUGUUUACUACUACUACUAGCACCGCCUUUUGACGUAUGUGUGUGUGCGAGCGUGAGACUGCAUUUGUCUGCAAGCAAGAAAGCAGUAGAGGUUUGUCUUUGUGGAAGUUCUGCUGUGUCCUUUGGCGAUUCCUCACAAAAAUAUACAAGACUAAAUUAGUUCAGUAAACGUUUGAUUUGAUAGUUCAGGCUUUUAUUCGCCACCGGUCCUCUAAAGGAAAGAUGACCAGUUACUCUGUAAACCUGAAACACAAAACAGGCUCUUAGUGGAAACUGUAUUUUCAUUUUAAUGUUGGACUUUUUUGUAGAGAUAGCUGCAAACAGCUGUGUCUAUGCUAAAUUUCAUUAAUUCUGUUAUGUUGCAAUUAUAAAUUGAUUAUUUUGUCAUCAAAACAAGAGGAAUAAAAAAUGCGCUUUUGGUUUA